AUGGCGGCGUUUAUAAAGGCGGCGAACGCCAAGAUCCGGUCGAACCCGGUGACCGACUACAUCUGCUCAACGCGUAUGUAUUUUGCUGUUUUGCUGUGCUUUCUUGUCCCAAAAUUUAUGACUCCCUCCGCUCGUCGGACCGCCCUUGUCCGCAAUGUCCGUACGACCAACACUAUGCUCUACCACGUCCGCCCGCACUGCAACGACGACGACACAUGCAAGCGCACGAUACGCAAGAUGAGCCACCUCGGCCCGGGCUCGAGCGAUGCGGGUGAAGCAUGUCUAUACCUCUCUGUGUUGCAUACAUACGGUGCACGGGUGGCCAAUGCGGCCGUGGCGGUGCCGGCGGCGCACAGUUGGGCUGGUCCCGGCACCAGCAUGGAACGGGCAACAAUGGACGCCAUUGUUGAAGAGCCAACGAUCGGGCGUGCGGACGGAGUCAUGUGCCUCGUCCUCGUCCUGUGCCUACGAUGGAUCCUUACUAACACUCUGUUCUCGCAUCCAGACUUCUGGGGCCCCGUCUCCAACUUUGGCAUCCCGAUCGCCGCCGUCAUGGACACCCAAAAAAGUCCGGAUCUGAUCUCCGGCAAGAUGACGUUUGCCCUCGUCAUCUACUCGGCCACGUUCAUGCGCUACGCGCUGGCCGUCACCCCCAAGAACUACCUCCUUUUCCUCUGCCAUUUCAUCAACGAGGGCUCGCAGCUGACCCAGGGCUACCGCUACAUGAACUACAACCACUGGGGCGGCAAGGACGCCGCGUCGUCCGCCACGUCGAGCGUAAAGGGCGCGCUGGAGGCAGCCAAAACACAGGCCAAGGCCGCCGAGGCCAAGGUGGAGGCUGCCGUGAAGAAGUAA